AUGACGGAUCAGUAUCUGCAAGAGCAGCAUGCCCUUACCAUUGCCCGCACCGUCCAGAGAGAACGACAGCUCGCACAGGCCCGCCUAGAUUCUGACCAUGGUGAUAGUUGGGUCAUGAUCACUCAGACGGGUGAUAUCAACCCUCUUCCUCACGAACACAUCAGACAUAGAUCCAAUGCCAAAGUAAGCCUCGAGCUGUCGGUACCCAAGGCCUUACAGCAAGGAAGGACGCCCUUUGCGCGCAAGAGCGACAAUGGCACGGCAUACAUCACAACACAGCGGACGUGGCGCCGGAGGGCGAAGCUGAUCACCCUGCUCCAGGUCAUUUACAUUCCUGCAAAACCCACCGCCGAGUUCAAGUCGUUCCAUGCGCCAAUCUUGAACUGCGCCGACUCGUACGUUGGCUCGCCGUUCUUUGGCGCCUGGUUCUGGUCCGCCACCGUCGUGCCCGUUUCUGGAGGCGGCGUGCCUGCCGACAUACCACGGGUCGAGGUGAAAAUGAGCUUCAAGGAGGGCGGCCACAGCGAGUUCCGGCAAAGGUUCGAAGAGCUCAAGGAACGUCUCGAGCAUGUGAGGCGUCUGCAACAGGAAACGGGGCAGACGGUCAAUAUUCCGGACGAGCCGCUGCCAGCCUACGAAGCAACCGAGGGCGGCGGAGCUGCUCCGAGUAACCUGGCGCCGCCGCAGCAGCAGGAACAGCCGGCAGGCCGGCCGGCAAGUUCGGGGGGUCAGAAUGCAAACCGGCGCCCGGAUGAACCCCCACCGGAUUAUGACGAGGCGCAAGCACAGACGCUCAGCAUGCGACUUGAGGAUCACGUUCGCGAAGAGGCUGACAGAGCAUAG